AUGACUCGCCUCACGGUUGAUGAUUACACGGUUGCGUGGAUCUGUGCCUUGCCUCUCGAGGCGGUGGCAGCCCGCGCUAUGCUGGACAGAACUCACGAUCCACCUCGACGGCCCAACGACUCGAACGCCUAUGAUUUCGGGGAACUGAAUGGCCAUUAUAUUGCCAUUGCCUACCUUCCCGAUGGCGUGUACGGAACCGUAUCGGCCGCAACUGUUGCAUCACGCAUGCAUUUGACUUUCCACCGUCUUCAGUUUGCACUGAUGGUAGGAAUCGGAGGCGGCGUCCCAAGCAAAAUUCACGACAUUCGACUAGGUGACAUCGUUGUCGGCAAACCCGGCAAGAACCAUGGUGGAGUGGUGCAGUACGACUAUGGCAAGGCGGUUCAGGGUGGGCAAUUUGAGCAGACAGGAUUCUUGAAUCAACCACCACAGACCCUUCUCACGCACAUGAGCCAACUCGAGUCAAAACAACUAACGGGCAGAGAUAAUGCUAUCUCAAAUCUUGUGAGUGCAGCAGGAGAGCAUAGUCGGGACAUCAAGGCAACGUUUUCGGCUCCAGCACAGGCCACCGAUUUACUGUUUCAUCCUUUCUAUCACCAUGCCGACAAGACGGCGAGUUGUGAGAGGUGUGAUAAAGAACGAUCAGUCGAUCGGGAGCCCCGCGCAACAAGUGCACCGCGUGUGCACUAUGGCUUAAUAGCAUCCGGGAACCAGGUGAUGAAAGACUCUGAAGCACGAGACCGUCUGGCCGAACGGCAUGAAAUACUCUGCUUUGAGAUGGAGGCUUCAGGCCUCGUGAACGAGCUACCAACACUUGUGAUCCGAGGAAUAUGCGAUUAUUGCGACUCCCAUAAAAAUGAUGAAUGGCAAGGAUAUGCGGCACUUGCUGCUGCAGCUUACGCGAAGAAGUUGCUGUCGAUCAUCCCACCGGAGGAGGGAACGGUGAGACAAGGACAAGGGAUUCAGUUCACCGAGGAGGAGCAAGCAUGCCUGGCUAAACUGUUCGUCACUGAACCUGAAGAAAAAAUGAACUCAUUGAAGCGGGGAACUGGGGACCGCACCCCCGGAACAUGCAGCUGGUUUCUGGAAACAACGGAGCUCAAGUCUUGGUUUCGGCAGAAGAAAAGUGUUGAUGAUUUGGAACGAAACAUUUUAUGGGUGUAUGGGAACCCUGGAAUUGGCAAGUCGACGAUGGCUAUGACGCUUUCACAAGAAAUACCGACUAAAAGCUCCUUUGCCGACGGUGAUAACAUCUUAUCUAUCGUUUUCUGCGAAGCCGACUCCGAACACCGGACAGGGGCGACAUCCAUAUUGAGGGGCCUUAUAUAUCAGAUCGUUGAUCAAUACCCGGCUUUUAUGAAAGUGAUCAUGUCAAAAUAUAAGACUCGAGGAGAGGGGUUUUUCGCCUCGUUUGAUGCGCUGUGGGCCCUGUUGAUGGGUAUGGGACGGGCAAUUAGGGGCCCUGAGAUAUACUGCAUCAUCGAUGCUUUGGACGAAUGCGAACCUCAGUCACAGAAGAUGCUGUUAGACCAGAUCGUCCAAUUGUUCAGCAGACCAGUCAUGCCCGGUUCGGAGCCAUUCAGGCUGCACAUGCUGAUCAUUAGUCGCCCAUCCCCUGAGAUCAGGAGUUGCCUCUCCGUCUUCAAGUGCGUGAAUUUAGGUCUAUCCAACGAGUUAAAGAGCGACCUUAGAGCCAUGAUCGAGGAUACUGUGAAGGAUCUUGCAAGACGGAACAACUACCCUCCACCUGUUGCACGGGAAGUAUCCCACAUCUUUGAAGACAAAGCCGAAGGUACCUUCCUCUGGGUUGGAAUUGCUUACAAGGAAAUGAAGUCGGUGCCAUCAAGGAAUGCUGUCCGGGAGCUACGUGCCUUCCCCAGAGGAUUAUAUUCUCUAUAUCGCAAACUGCUCGAUGCAGCAACCGCGAUCGCCACAGCGUGCAGCCCAGAUGAUUACCGAGCUAUCCGAAAGAUCAUGGAGAUCGUUGCUUUUGCAAGGCGACCCCUGACGCUUGCGGAAAUAGCUGAGGCAUGUCGACUAUAUCUUGACCUGGAUCUCGAGAGUCGUCUCCAAUUCACGAAAGAAGUUAUCGACUUGUGCCAUUUCUUGGUCGUUGUCGACAAAGGCCAGGUGCGAAUGUUGCAUAGAUCGGUUCAUGAAUUUCUAAUGCUAGAGAUUCAAGAUAUCGAUCCUGCGAGAUCUAACUCCGCCCUGUCCCACCGCUGCAUCGAAGUCGUACUUCAAUAUUGUGGGCCGGAUAUCAACCCGUCAGUACUGGAGCCGGACCACUCAUUCCUUGCUUAUUCAGUUCUGCAUUGGCCAAAGCACGCAGCUUUGGGUCAAAGUGAAUUCACUCUGCCGAGUGAGCAAAAGAAUUUCUUCAAAGAUCGCCUCGGGACGUGGAAAUGGUGGCUGGAUCGAUACAACUACCUAACGAGAGGAACUUGGAACAACUUGGGCAUGAACAGCUCAGCCAUUCAUGUUGCAGCUCGCUGGGGAAUUAUCCCGCUGAUCUCAUUUCUCCUUCCGGAUAAUCUAGAAGUCAAAGACGAACAAGGACGGACUCCCCUGCUCAUUGCUGCUGAAUACUCUCAGCUUGAGGCUAUACACCUCUUGGUUGGAUCGGGCGCGCGCGCGGACAUACUUAAUAACGAGCUUCAAAGCGUUCUCCAUAUUCUUUGCAGUAUUGCCGACUACACUGAUUCGAAAGUGACAAAAUACCUGCUUGACCAAGGUGUCUCCCCAUACGACUGUGAUGAGAAUAACCUGACACCCUUCUUCUACGCUGUUGGAAAUUUAAAUGAGGGACUUGUACAAACCUUUCUACAGAACGGAUUCGAUGUGGCUACGCAGGUUCAGAGGCGGUUAUGGCCGGGGCGGACAACAAUAAGUCCGAUCAUUUACGCAGACCCAGGAGAAGCAGGUCGGGAAACUAUAGAGUCCAGUCUCACAGCACUACAUUUCUCUGCCCUGAACGGUUGUUCUCAAAUGACUGCUUUCUUGAUGCAACAUGGGGCUGACCCUAACGCUCGCUCUCAACUCGGCGACACCCCACUUCAUCUCGCAAUCAGAAGCAAGCUCCUGGGUGGCGAAUGCCACGAUGCCUGGACGAGUAGCAGGUACGCCAUUGAGUUUCUAACAGAGACGGUCACGGAAUUUGGGAGUGAGGAAUUCUCUGAGAUCACCAAGACUAUCGAUCAAGCGAGAAUAAGCAUCGUUGAGACGCUUGUGAAGAGCCAAACCACCGACAUCAAUAUUGCAAACGCCUUUGGGGACUACGCUCAGCAUGUGAUAGAAUUUCGGAAACAUUAUGCAUGGUCCAUUCUGUCCAAAUUAAUAGAGAAUGGUGCUGAUAUCUCACGGCUGAAUGGAUCCCGUCAGACUUGUCUCCACCUUGCUAGCAAGGCAGGGAAUUUAGAGGUUGUCCGCCGACUCGUGGAUGAAGAAGGCCAAGAUAUCUUGCUGGAGGACAUUAAUAGGUUGAGUCCGUUCCACUACGCAUUGAAGGAGGGUUAUUAUGAAGUCCUACAUUACAUGUCACAGGCAUGCGGCCAGGCGCUCUCGGGAGUCUGGAAUACAUUAGAUCGCCACGGCAGGACUCCGUUGCACCAUCAUGUGUCUUCUGUGUUUGCCUACAUUGACGUGGUUGACUUUCUGAUACAGGCUGGCUGUGAUGUGAAUCAACCUGAUGAGGCCGGAAACUCUUCCUUGGGGUUGUACGUGGGUUCAUUCCGCCUGGAAGUCGACACAGAGAUGUUCUUCCACCUUGUCCAGAAAGGUGCCGAUCCGCUAUGGGUCGAUGGACGACGACAAACCAUGGCACAUCUUUUAAUGCAGCAGAGUGGGGCACACAAAGAGAUCCUCGAAGAGCUGCUUAACCGUGGGUUGGAUCCAGCAGCGCAAGAAGUCAAAGGGAAAACCUUUAUGCACAACGGGGCGAUUCAUGGCGUCUUUACUGAGGAACUUGUAGAGUUUCUUCGAUGUAAAGGUGUCCUGGAUUUGCAAACCAAAGACUCCACCGGCAAGACGCCCCUCGACUAUGCACAAGAAAAGGUUCAUCGGGAAUUCCCGGACGAUACUCUCACGCAUCUUGAUCCAAAGUGGGAGAAAUCAUUCAAUGCUUUGACUGCAGUUACGCGCACGGGGAUGUGAAUGUGAGAAGAGAGUGCUCGAGCAGAUCUUCCGAAGGUGAAAGGUUCAAUUCCGACGGCCCUGGCUCUCAACAAAGACCAAUUUUUUUGAGAAUAGGAAAGAGGACGCCUAGGCGAAUAAGAUUCUGUACCCAUGCUAAACCAUAACCUCCCAUGCCUGCACUUUGCAUAUAAGCAAAAAUCCCAUGUCGGGAAACGUUGC